ACUAGGCAGCAUGGUCUCCGACCUUAGCCUGUUCCAAACGGAACAAACGUACUAAAAAAAAAAAAAAAUGAUUGCCUAGUAUUAUGUGUUUUACAUUUUAUUAAAUUGUUAUUCAACAAAGAGGAAAAAAUAAAACAAAAAUUCCACAAAGUAAUAAGAACUAAAUAAAAAAUUAAUAUAUUUUUUUGUUUAUUUACAAUAGUACAAACGCAGUUAAUGCCUUAAUCUCUCAUGGAACAUAUUCGGCAAUUCGACUGGUGUUCAUCACAACGGGACUUUCAAUUCAUAACAGAGGAUGAUGUGGACAACUGUGUGACGGAAAGAAUACUGCGUAACAAAUUCCGUGACCCACUGAUUUCCAGCGACUCCGAGGAUGAAGGCCAGUCGAGUAUUCGGUUUGACUGGGAUCAAAUAUUUAAAAGAAAAAAUUUUGAGGAGCGCCAGUCGCGCUUGUACGUUCCAGGAAUACGACCCAUACCACCAUACCCAAAAUUGUCUGCACUCACAGCCCAUCAGCACUACCAGUGCCUCAAAGUGUUAUGUUCACAAUACCCUCACGUAUUGGACGAACAGUUCAUACCGAGACCUACCAAACAAGAUUACAAGGUUUGCCAAGAAUUACAAGAGGCAUAUGCAAAAGAACAGAAAGAAUAUUUGGAAUGGACCAAAACGCAAUGGACCAACAACCACUGCUCGCGAGCAUUACGCCCCAAACCGCCCAUAGAAAUGGUGUACGAAGCCGAAUACAAAUUGAAAGCUCACGAACUACAGUCCUUUCCGAAGGAAUAUGAGAUGGUCGCUCAAAUCCCUCUCGAAGCAAAGAACCAUAAAUGCAAUAUGAUUUUUGAUAAAGAUUUAAAAAGUGUGAACAUUACAGAGCUGCCACUACUCGAGUAUUCAAAAUUGUUACACAAGAAAACUGUUGUAUUGAAGCCGUGUCCAGUGCCGGAGCCUUGUAACAAGCAUCCAUACAGAUUUAUACUGCCAAACGAGGACUCGCCAAGCAUGCUGCCGCUGCGCGAGGUGCACACUUCCCUGGCACACUGGGCCGCCGCUGCGGGGGGCGCCGCCGUGCUGGCCGGCGACGCGGCGCUGCGGGCCCUGCUGUCCCCGGCGCGCUGGCGGCUGCCGCUCUCCGUCUGCCCUACCAUCGGACAAGAUGGCGAAGCUUGCAACGUCAUAAUAUUGGACAACGAGUUCAGCAUGGCGCGCGAGCCGGCGCAGACGCGUACCUACAAGGCCUUAAGAUAUUUAUUGGAAAAUGCACUGUUGCC